CCUGUAAGCAAACGGAGAAACGAUAGAUGGAUGACGCGUUAUAUCGCAAACAAGCGAACACGGUGAUCAAAGCGAGUGUACUCGAUAAAUCGGCAAUGAGAUUGUCAUGAAUCGAAUCGUCGCAUCAUAGAGGAAGAGAGAGAGAGAGAGAGAGAGAGAGAGAGAGAGAGAGAGAGAGAGAGAGAGGUACAUUUUUCGCGUCAAGUAUCAUCAUAUACGUUACGUUUCGAUAUUAAAAAAUGUUUUUCGCACAUUAAAGAAAUAAGAAGAUAUCUCACGGGAGAGAAAGGAGCGAACCUGACACCUGACACGCGACAAACGGCCAUGCAGCAGCCGAUUCACGCGCCGUCCUUCGUGGUGCAUCAACCUUCGACUCGUCCGUCCGUCGUGCACAAGAAGAAGCUGACCGAGCAGGAGAUACAAGAGUUGCAUCAGGAAUUGGAGACCGACAGCCACGUGAUAAGUUUAAAGGCAUUGUACGAGAGACUGGGCACAAACGCGCAUACGGGUCUGACGAGGGAGCAGGCGGACAAAAUCCUUGAGCGAGAUGGACCAAACGCCCUGUCACCGCCCAAGGUCACGCCAGAAUACAUCAAGUUUCUCAAGUGUAUGUUUCACGGAUUCGCCUCGUUGCUCUGGGUCUGCGCGAUUCUAUGCUUCGUCUUGUACGGCGUGACCCAUCUGACGCACGAGGAGGACGACGUCGGCAUCGCGUGGCUAGGCAUCAUCAUCGUCACGAUAUGCAUCACCUCGGGGGUGUUCGCGUACAUACAGGAGAGCAAGAACAUCAAGGUGAUGGAGUCGUUCAAGAAGAUGGUGCCGACCUUCGCGACCGUGAUACGCGAGGGGACGAAACUGCGGCUGAGCACGGAGGAGUUGGUCCUCGGCGACCUGGUGGAGAUUCGCAUGGGCGACAAGAUACCGGCGGACAUCAGGAUAAUCGAGUGCCGCGGGCUCAGAGUCGAGAACUCGAGCAUCACCGGUGAGAGCGAGCCGGUGGCGCGCACCGAUCAUCCCACUGACAGAAAUCCCCUCGAGUCCGCGAACGUGGCCUUCUCCACGUCGUUCGCGGUCGCGGGUGACGGCAGAGGGAUCGUGAUCGCUACCGGCGAUCGCACCAUGAUCGGCCGCCUGGCCGGUCUUACGUCGCAGCUCGCCAAGAUCGAGACGCCGAUCGCCAAGGAGAUUCGCCACUUUGUCGAGAUAAUCACGAUCGUGGCCGUUAUAUGCGGCGUGGCGUUCUUCGGUCUGUCGCUGCUGCUCGAGCCGAACAUCGUGCGAGCGUUCACGUAUCUGCUCGGCAUCGUUAUCGCCAAUGUGCCGGAGGUACUGUUGGUGACCGUGACGACGGUGCUGACGCUGACCGCGCAGAGGAUGGCGAGCAAGAAUUGUCUGGUGAAGAAUCUCGAGGCGGUCGAGACUCUCGGCUCGACGUCGGCGAUCUGCUCCGACAAGACGGGCACGCUCACGCAGAACAAGAUGUCCGUGUCGAAUCUGUGGUUCGGCCAUACCAGAUACAACUUUCCGCCGGGCCAGAGGAUCGGCGCCGAGCGCGAUCUGUUGCUGGAGAAGCCGGCCUUCGGCGUCAUGUUACGCGCCGCGACCCUCUGCCUGCGCGCCGAGUUUACCGCCGAGUCCUUCAUGCUGGCACCGAUCGAGGAGCGCGAGAUCAUCGGCGACGCGUCCGAGACCGGUAUUCUCAAGUUCUGCGAGCACAUUCAUCCGACGCAGAGGUAUCGCGAGGCUCAUCCCAAAGUCGCCGAGAUUCCCUUCAGCUCCACGACCAAGUAUCAGAUGUCGAUACACCGUCGUGACAUCCACGCGGCGGUAACGGCGGCGCCGGCGGGGGGCUACACGAUGAUCCUCAAGGGCGCGCCGGAGGUGAUUCUGGAGAAUUGCACGACCAUCCUGACGGCGAACGGGGAGACGAGGGAAAUGACCGCCAAAGAUCACGCCCUGUCUCGCCGAGCCUGCACCGACCUGGGCCAUCUCGGUGAACGCGUUCUCGCUUACUGCGAUCUGCAUCUGCCCGCGAGUACGUACGGACCGACGUACAAGUUCGAUACCGACUCGCCCGCCUCCUACAACUUUCCCGUCAAGGGAUACAGAUUCGUCGGCCUGAUAAGCCUGCAGGAUCCACCGAGGCCCGGCGUGCCCGAGGCGGUGCACAAGUGCCGCACCGCCGGGAUCAAGGUGAUAAUGGUGACGGGCGAUCAUCCGGUGACGGCGAUGGCGAUCGCCAAGAAGGUGGGUAUCAUUAGCGAGGGCCACGAGACUCGUUACGAGCGAGCGACCCUGCAGAACAGGUCUUACUCCCAAGCGAUGAUGGACUUGCCGCAACUCGGCGCGGUUGUGCCGGUGUCGUCCGCUGACGCUGUCGCUGCCACUGCCACUGCCACCGCCACCGCCGAUGGUAGUCGUCCCAGCGGUGUCAGCGUCAGCGGAGUCGCGAUCGUAAUCACCGGUACCGAAUUGCGAAGUAUGGACGCGAACGAGCUGGACAACGUUAUACGCCACUACGAGGAGAUUGUGUUCGCGAGGACGUCGCCGCAGCAAAAGCUGCUGAUCGUCGAGAGCUGUCAACGGUUGGGAGAGAUUGUCGCGGUCACCGGCGACGGAGUCAACGAUUCGCCGGCGUUGCGCAAGGCCGACAUAGGUAUAGCGAUGGGAAUCGCUGGUUCCGACGUUGCCAAGAACGCCGCGGACAUGAUACUCAUGGACGAUAACUUUGCCUCGAUCGUCACCGGGGUGGAAGAGGGUCGUCUGAUAUUCGACAAUCUGAAGAAAUCGAUCGCGUACACGUUAACGUCGAGCGUGCCGGAGAUGUUGCCGAUGCUGAGCGGCCUCUUGUUCGCGAUUCCCCUACCGCUCGUCAUCGAAUUGGUCAUCUGCAUCGACGUCGGCACCGAUCUCGUCCCCGCGAUCGCUCUGGCCUACGAGAGAGCCGAGUCCGAUAUAAUGCGUCGGGCACCGAGAAAUCCUCAGUACGACAAACUGGUCAACAAGCGUUUGAUAUCCAUUACCUACGGCCAGAUUGGAAUGACGCAAUCCUUGGCCGGAUUUUACACUUACUUCAUGGUGCUCAUGAUGAACGGCUUUAUGCCCAAUCGUCUGUUGGGCUUACGACACGAUUGGGAGAACCCGUCGAUAAACGAUCUACAAGAUUCCUGGGGCCAAACGUGGACCUACGAAAAUAGAAAAAAUCUCUUGAUGGAGGCGCAAAGCGGAUAUUUCCUUUCCAUCGUUAUAACGCAAAUGAUAGAUCUCGUCAUGUGCAAGACCAGGCGCAAUUCUAUCUUUCAACAAGGAAUGUCCAACUGGUUCGUCAAUUUUUCCUUCGUCUUCGAAAUUAUUCUGACGGGGAUCUUGCUCUACGUUCCAGGUACGGAAUACGUGUUGAAGACUAUGCCACUGAUGGCUUACUGGUACUGGCCCUGCUUGCCGCUCGGUGCAUUUCUCUGGCUCUACGACGAAUCGAGACGUUUGUGUAUCCGUCUCUUUCCAGGUGGAAUUAUGGAAAGAGAAACGUAUUAUUGAAACGUCCCUCCCUCUUUCCCCGUUCAUUAUCUCACGAUAUAUAGUUGAAAUUUAAGCGAGCCGAAUUAUUUCGCUGCCGCCAAAUAAUUUACGUGCAAUCCGCAAACGCGUGUGUCGCGUUACGACCAAGUCGAUCGGAGAUAACCGCGCUUUUCAGUUAUCAGUUGAAAGAAUUAUCUCUAUCGCGACACAUCUCGUCGAUGGGUUAUCCCAUCCAGGACUUUUAUUUACUUAUCGACAAUAAAAAUUUCACUUACAGCA